AGUACAGUGUUGCUGUGUUUCACCAGUGUUGCUUCGAAACGCACGCAAAUCGUUUGUUGUGAAACAACGAAUGAGCGAAGGAAAACGUGCAAAGAAAAGCAGACAUUUUGAUUUAGUUUUUUUUUUUUGAUUUUCGUAUCGGUAUUUAGUUGCAAAUUUCAUAUGUAAUUUUUCGCGUUUUGAAAUUACUUAUAUUUUGUUUUUACAUUAAGUGCGCACAAUUUAAUGUUGGAGAUUUCAACAAUUUCGGAAAAAAUAUCGACMCAGCCUUAUAGCAAACUAAAGAAGCCAAGUUGUAUGCAAUAAAAGUUGGUGCGAAAAUAUUAUAAAAAACGCCAUUAAACAUGUCUUGGGUACCAUCAACUGACUUUGAAGAGGAAAUUGUUGAUUCACAACCGGGGCAUAAUUUUAUUUUUGGUCAACUGUGUGAACCAACACAACAAACUUUUUAUCCACGUCCAAAAGAACAUUUGGAGUUUGUAGCGCAACAAAAAUCUGCGAAAAAUAAACGUGAAAACACUUUAACAAAUUCUCAAAAUYAUAAAUUGAAUCUUAUUGCAAGGGUGCAGCGUAUUGCUGGUACUAAACCGUUGGGUGAACAACCGACCAUCAAUGAUUGGGAUGACAAUGACAAUGUAGAACGCGAAACUAUCGCUUUGAUGAGACAUGUUGGUCUCGGUCCUAGUUUGGAGCAACCAUUAGACGAAGUCCGCACCAUAGCCACACAUCCCAUAACAGAGGAGAUGAAAAUAAAUAGAAAUGGACGCAAACACAUGCCAGUAUUUUUUGAUGAGAAAUUUUUUGAAUUAAAACCGCGUGUUUCCCGCUCAUCCUCAUCUUCUGGCAACAAUAGUCCUGUAAUUGAUGAUGCUAAGACUAACCUUAAUGAUUCCUGCGCGUCACAGAAGAGCAGCAGCAGCCAUGCCACAUCAAGUGAAUUAGCGAAUGAUCGAUCUUCUGAUACUCUUAAUAGUGGAUUUGAGAGUGCAAUAGAUAUUGUCGGUGAUGAGGACAGUUUUGAGACUGCACGAGGAAGUGAUAAGGGGUACAGACCGCAAAAUUGGAGAGGAAAUGAAGUAGAAAAAAAUGCACAAAAUUGGCGCAAAAAUGACACAUUUAUUAAGAGUCAAUCAUGGAGGAGUACGAAAGCAACAUACGCAAAUAGAAAUGGAAUUAAUAGAGAAAGUCAGAAUAAUGUAUGUAAUUGGCGUUCUUCAGCCGAUAAACCAAGUAGUAAAGAGAAGAGAAUUCAAAUGAAAUCACCUUUAUUAUGUUCACCCAAAGAAUUGUAUGAAAAGAAACGUCAAAUAAUUUAAAAACGACAGAAAACAAAAUUCAGGAUAAAUAUAAUUUUAUAGGUGGUGAAAAAUUAAAAACAAAUCGGUUUCUAACAAAAUUUAACUAUUAAUUUUUAAUUGGCAGUUGUGGGAAAAAUACAUUGUUUUAACAGUACUUUAAAUUUKUAUUGUAAAAAUUACAUAAAACAUAAUAAAUAUCUUGGAGUGCACGUCUGUAAAAUUAUAAAAUCUAACUGUCAAAAGUCAUAGACGUCAUAUAUAAAAAACUUACUACUUUUUGCGGGUUCAAACAGUGUAACCAUAAAAAUAAAAAAAAAAAUAAAAAACUAACUUGUUGAAAAGGGAACGAAAAAAUAUAAAAUUUAUGAUGAUAUGAAGUGAAGAUACUACGUAUUUGAUUGAAGAGUUUACAUUCAAAUAGCAUGUGUUCCAUACUAUUUAACCAUUAUGUUCUAUAUCAUCAUUCGUUUCUAAAGCAAUUUAUUGAUUUAUGAUGAAAAGAAAAAUCCYACUUGUCUGUCUAAAACUGUUAAUUUUGAAGAUAUUUUAAAUUUGCCAAUAAUAAGCAAUUGGUUAAUACAUAUACAACUGUACACCGGUAUCCAUACAUAUUAGAGGCAUAACUCUUUUUUGAGAUAUAUCUUGCAUGUGUGUUGCAAAACUUUUUCCCCCAUUACACAUUCCUUUUUUAUACCAUCGUUUUGCAACAUGCAUUUAUAAAAUCUAAAAUUAUAAAAAUGAAGCAAUUUAUACUUAAUACUUUAGAAUAAAGUAUAUAUUUMAAAUGUGUACACUGGUACAUUGCCGAGCAAUAUAUAAAACCCUUUAUUAAGAACAAURUACCGUUAAAAGACCUGUCUAUAUGUAUAGUUUGAUAAAUAUAAAUGUACAUAUAAAAGUAUAACACAAAGGACAAAUAAUUGUCUAAGCGAGAUCCAUCGAUUUUAGAUCAAACCUUCUUCUUGUUGUUGUAACGGCAGAAUUCUUUCAAAUUCAUCAAACCUUCUUCUUAAUUGGCGUAUAAGUCCUCAGAAAACGCCAUUGCUUUUGCAAUAUAUACAUAUUAUUUUAGCAAAAUAUGGUAUCCUUAAAAUUUUUWCGAUAAAUAAUAGUUUUACCCUUCAUGAGGUAGAGCGCAAGUUAAUUGACAUUGAAGUCAUCUAACGGGAGUACAGGAAACAAGUGGUUUCGAUAGAACUAUAGGGAGUUGGUUUAAUGGGGUAUUUUGUUCUUGUUGUAACUGUAGAAACCAUUCCUGAAAUAAUUUUCAAGAACACCGCCGAAAUGACAGCGACCUACGCUCUAUUGUGCACU